GGUGAGACAUAUCACGUGAACAAGGCUGACGAAGUUACUCCACACUCGGAGCUUAGGAUGUGCGCUUUCCGCAGUGCAAGCAAUCAACAAUUCACGUCCACACAAUUGAAGACACUUGAAUUGAAGGAUUGGCUGAAUUAGAAAUUUGACAUGAGGACUAAAGAGAUCGUAGCACAUUUGCUCUGGACUUGUGUGAUCUGGGACGCAAUAUCGGUCACAGCAGAAUCUGCCUGCUCUGAGCCACCGAAGUUUCACCCCAGCACGUCCUCUGAGAUCUGGGGGACCCAGGACUCCACCGUCAUCCUGAACUGCACUGUCCUGUUGGCCUGGAACAGCAGUGACCCCAGCUGUGAUGCCAGGCUGCAGUGGCUCAGGGAAGGGGCACUCCUCAAUGCCAGCUGCUACACCCGGAACACCACUGAAUGUCCUCAUGGAAACCAGACUCAGGUGACUAGCAUGCUGCAGGUGAACCUGUUGAGCCCAACAGACUUUGGGGUUUACAUCUGUGUUGUGAGGAACGCCUCUCUCACCUUCAGCAUCCACAAGAAAGAUCCCGCCAGUCACACGGCUACAGUAGUGGCUGCCAUCACCCUGCUGCUGCUGCUGGCCUGUGCUGCUCUGCUCUACUCCAGGUGCCACCUCAACUGCAAACUCUGGUACAAAAACACCUAUGGAGACUACGAGAUCAAUGAUGGUAAAAUGUAUGACGCCUACAUCUCUUAUGUGAACGAUGAGAAUGACAGGAAGUUUGUGAACUUCAUCUUGAAGCCCCACCUGGAGAACAAAUAUGGCUAUAAGCUGCUUCUCAACCACACAGACAUCCUACCGGGAGCAGAGCCCUCUGCAGAGCUGGUGAUGAGUCUGAGUCGCUGUCGCCGUCUCAUUGUGGUCCUCUCUCAGUCAUAUCUACAGCAGGAGUGGUGCUCCAGCAACUUCAGGCAGGGUCUGUGGCAUCUGCUGGAGCUCUCCCAGAAGCCAAUCUUCAUCACGCUCGAGGCUCAGCAGAAGCAGCUGGACCUGGAGGUGGCACACCAGCUCAGAGAACACCAACACCGUGAACACACACUCAUCUGGGGCCCACGCUCUAUGACCCCCUCCUCUUCGUUCUGGAAGGAGCUGGCGCUGGUGAUGCCCCGUAAGGUGACGUAUCCCAUCAGAUCCUCUGGGGACCCCCAAACACUCUUCCAGGACGAUAAGGACCCCAUGCUCACUCUGCGACCCGAUUACCUGGACUGCCGGCCGGACCCUGACCCCGCUGGAGACCUGGGGCUCCGGCUGCCAGUGUACAAGACCCAGCUGUCUAAAGCUCCGGUGCUGCCUGUGGCCCCUGGCCUCUCCUCUGAGCGCCGGCCCUCAGACAUAGAUGUGUCGGACCUCGGCUUGCGGAACUACGCAGCACGCACCGACUUCUACUGCCUCGUCACACAUGAUGACAUCUGACUGAAGAGUGGGUUACCAGCGCCAUGUGAGAGACGGUCUGUCUCUGCGUGUAUUCACGAGUAGUCUCUGGUGUUUCCAUCAAUAUCUGAGAAAAGGAAAGGCAUUGGAGAGUGCUGUAAGGAUUGGAAAUGUAUUCAUUAUUUAAAUCUUUUUUCUUUUCUUUUUAAAAACAGAAACUGAUCCACGGUCUGCGGUCCUGCCCUCGCAUUGACACGUCUUUCUUUCCCAGUCGCUUUCACUUCACUCCGCUCUUCUGCUUUCUUUGUGGUAUACUUCAACACAAACCACGGCGCAGCUGUUUGAGGGGACUGGCCAGCCAGCAUGUCACAGUAUGAUUUAACCAUAUUAUGUCCUGACACAGAGAAAAAAGUUUGCACAACAUUAAUUCUGUAGUUCUGGCUUUUAAGGUGUUUACCCUUUGCCAUAUUAUUGCCUCACAUGUAAAUAUUUUAUACAAAUGUAAAGAGCUGAACCACUUCAGCGUAUAUAUUUUAUAUCAGAACUGUUCAUUGACAGAUGUCCAAAUUGCACUGUGAAUCAUACUUCUCAAUGGCCUUGUAACCUAAUUGUGAUAUAAUUCUAUAUGUAUGUAUAGUAAAGACCUAUUGAUUGGCCCAAUGAUUACUUGUUUAAAAAUUCAAAAUUCUUGAGCUGUAACCAUCCAUUUCCACUCCAAAACCUUACAUCAUGAUUGUGAGAAAAACUGUGAUUACACUGUACAAAAGAUGUGUAGGUAAAUAAAAAAAAACAAUAGCCAAAGCCUCCACGGCUGUACAAGCCAGUUUUUAAUCAGCCACUAGGGGGCGUAAGAGUUAAAGGAUGUGAACUUUUUUUUUUAUUAAAAUGAAUUUUACUAUGAA